AUGGACGAAUUCUGUGAGCCGCCCCCCGAAGCGAAACGAGAUGAGGAUGAGGAUCUACGUGUAAUGGCCGAAUUGAACAACCCGCGAAUCUAUGAGGAUGUGAAACAUAUACUCCGUCAGGAACAACGAGUGAAGUAUGCAAUCACACGAAACAAAUCCCUGCCCUUCCCAUGCAAAUGUCUGCAGCUAUGCGAAUUCGGUUCACUGUUAAAAAUUCUGUACAACGCGUUCGAGACACUGUAUGAAGAGUACGAAUCACUGCACUACGAGUACACCACUCUGUUUCGUAUGACGGAUUUUACUGUAUCUGGAACGAAUAUUUAUUUGUCCAAUUCCGGUCAAGCGGUGGGCGCGGUGGAGACCACAAUGCCAUCGGAAAUCAUCAACCUGAUCGAUUUUGCCCGAGAUGCCGGAAUGCGAGAAGAACGAAAAAAAGCCAUUGCCAGUGAGGAUGUGUGGCUUAAAACGUACGAGUUGCACAUGGAAUGUGUGCGAUUGUACAUGAUUAAGGUGGCCAAACCUGAACAGGAUCGUUUUAUGGAAUGGGUACUCUCGCAUGUAUGGGCCAUGUCCAAGUGUAUUUGUUAUCAUUGUGACUAUCGAGAUGCAUUGGUCGCCUAUCGGAAAGCGUUGCUUCAAUUGCAUUUGGAAUAUUUGACCAUUUACGCGCACUACUUUGCGCUUCUCACAUCACCACGUGCCCCGGAGAAUCGUUUUCUGACCAAGGCGUUGCGCAUGAAUCCGGGUGAUGCAAUGAUUGUGAAAAGUUGUUUACAAUAG